CAGGCCUUCAACUGCACAUCCCUUGGAGUUGGGAGUGAAGAUUUCCUACCAUUUGACGGUUUCACCAAUGAAGACAUCUUCCCUUACCUGGCUGAUGUCAACGAGUCAUUCACCACAAUAGACUUCCGGGAGUUUGCGGAGAAGAUCAAUGAGAGUGAAUUCCUCUCCUUCGAUCUGACUCAGCUUGAAGCAAACUUGACACUCGUGGUGAAUGCUUCAACAGUCAAUACUACAGUACACGAGCGUGCUUCCCAAAUCCUCGAUGAUCUGGUGUAUAUUCAAAGAACUGUUCAAGACCUCCAAAGACUGCGGGGACAUGCUGAAGGCAAUGUCAGUCAACUUCAAAUCGAUAUAAAAACGAGUGAACACGAAGUAGUGGUGUUCGUUGACAACCUGGAGCAGUUUAUAACCAAUCUUCACGACAUAGUGACCGAGGCAACGGAUCGGUACAUUGACAGACUCUGUGGAUUCGUAGACGACUACAUUGACUAUGCCAAUGACACGAUUAGGAACGAAUUGGGGCGAUGUAAGGUGUUCCCGGCUGCCUACGAUGCAGUGUACAGCACAGUGUGUGAAAAUGCAGUGGAUGGUCUGAACGGCUACUGGCUGGGAGUGGGGUGGAGUAUGCUGUUCACGCUAGUGGGAGUGGUGGUGGGCAUCGUCCUCUCCGACUAUUUCAGAAGAGCUGGCACGCGAGUCGUGAGGUGUAACGACACGUCCUCGGAGACUGCUUCACUCGUUUCGCACGAUGAUGACGACGACGAUAAUGACGUGUCAGCAAUUAGCAUGCGGGUGAAAGGGAAGUCCUACCCAUCAAAUGCCAGGGCACUGCCAGAGGAACAGUAAGUCAUUUAGAACCUCAUGCGCUAUUAUAAUAUUGUAUGAUGCUCUGUUAUCAGACAACCUCUCCACACAACUCAAAUGGACAUGGAGUGGUGAUCCGAGAAAAUCUUCAACUUUUUAAAUCUCGUGAUUUUAAACACAUUUCACUCAUCAUCAUCAUCUUAUUAUUGUUGUGGCGUCUACUGAAGUUGUUUAGUUCUGAAGGCCAAAUCUGCCACUAGUGCCACGUGAUCAGAUGGAAAAUUUAUAGACGGCAGAGCAACAUGCUCAGUUAGGUGUUCUGGAGCUGGAAACGGCACAUAACGCAGUGUCUCCAGCCAUUUGGAGUCGGCGAAUAUGUAAUCAAUUACCCCAGUCCAGCCCAGGGUCACGUUGGUGGAGUGUCGUGUGCCACAGACAUUGGAAAAGUUGAAACUGUGGCUGAGAUCCAAACCGGUGCUGAAAUCUCCAGUGGCUCGAUCUUGCAGCUGAGCUGACUGAGGCUGCGUCCACUGGUCGCCGCCUAUGUCCUCGUGAAUAACGUUAAGAGCCCUGUGGUUGCAGCUGCACUGCGGUGGCUGAGCCGCCCGGUAUAGCUGCCAGUCAGGGUGACCCGCGCCAACACUCCCGCUUGACAAAUAGCUGUAGGCAGCGGUGCACG